CUUGUAUAAAUAGACGCACAAUGUACAUUUUAUCAUUUUUAUACAUUUAGCACACUCAACAGUCACCAUCAUGAAGUUUUUCACUGUUUUAACAUUGGCUGUACUUAUGGUUGCCUGUGUUUCGGCGAAAAACUAUACUAUUAUAACAACAUCGCUUAACUGGCAUCUUGCCUUCCAAGACUGUGAAUAUCGUGGAAUGCAACUAGCUACAAUCGAAUCCGAAGAAGAACUCAACGCUGUAGACGCAGCAAGCAAAGCAGCGGGCACUGCUAAUGAAGCCAUGUGGACUGCUGGGACGGAUCUCGCCGAGGAAGCAAAAUUUGUAUGGAUGAACACUGGCAAGGGUUUCACUUAUGUACGUUGGGCUGCCAACCAACCCGACAACUGGAAGGAUAAUGAACACUGCAUGCAUUUGCGCAGAGAUGGCGGGCAACUCGUCUUCAAUGAUGUGGACUGCCCAAGGAAAAUGUAUUACAUUUGUGAAGAUAAACCCAUCAAUUGUGAUGAGUAAAUAUUAACAAUAAAUGCGUUUAUUUGGUU